AUGCCUUUAACGGUAUAUUUGGCGGCCGUAUGGCUCCUCGGAGCUUGGCUUCUUCAAAUAUUCCGCAACUGGUGUCGUCUCAAGCAUAUUCCGGGAUCGUUCUGGAUUUCCUGCACGAAGUUCUGGCAGAUCGCGACGCAGAUGAAAGGAGACUGGUACCUUGAAGUGAAGAAGCUUGGUGAUCAACAUGGCAAGUUGUUCCGCAUCGGUCCCAAUCAGCUCUUGACGACUGAUGUCGAUGUGAUUCGACGAAUGGCCCAUUCUAAGUCUGCAUACACCAGAGCACCCUUUUACCAGACUUUCAGAUUCAUCCCUACACAGGACAAUUCUUUCUCACUCAUUGAUGAUCAUGAACACACUCGACGUCGAACUAACCUUGGACCUGGUUACAUUGGCAACACGUUCGUAGAGUCAUGUAUUGAUAGACAGUGCGCUCGUCUCGUGAACCUGAUUGAGCGAAAGUUUAUCUCUACCCCAGGCGAGUCCAGACCUAUGGAUCUAACACUGAUGUCCUUUUUCUUCGCGAUGGACUGUGUCGGUGAUCUAUCCUUUGGUCAAGAAUUCGGAUGUCUCGAUGAGGGAAAAGACGUUCACAAGUUCAUGAAGUGGAACGAGGACUUCUUCAACACUGCCAUCGUGGUGUCGAACUUUCACUGGCUGACCAAGAUCUUCUUCAAAUACCCCUUCAACAAGAUCUAUCCUUCACCCCUCGACAAGGAUGGCGUCGGCAAGUACAUCGCACUUGCGCAAGCUGCGGUUAAGAAGAGUUACGAAGAUGGCCAAGUUCGUGAGAAAGACACGCUCGCAGCAUUCAUCGACCAAGGUGUUACAAAGGAUGAAGCAAUUAACGAGUUGAUGUUGCAAGUAGUCGCCGGCACAGAUUCGACAGCAACUGCUAUUCGAAUGACCAUGUUGUUCCUCGUCACCAGCCCGACUACAUAUGGCAAGCUCAAGUCGGAGAUUGCCGACGCCAUCUCGGAAGGAAGAAUUAGCUCACCCAUCAAGGACAGCGAGUCUCGCCAAUUGUCGUACCUUCAAGCCGUCAUCAAGGAAGGGCUACGCGCGUUCCCUGUUGUUACCGCGACCUUCUUCAAGAAAGUACCCAAGGGAGGAGAUGUCAUCAGCGGCUAUUUCGUCCCCGAGGGCACUGAGAUCGGCCACAACGUCAUGGGUAUCAUGCGAGCAGAGAAGUAUUGGGGUGAAGAUGCCGAUGUCUUCCGCCCAGAACGCUGGCUUGAGGUCGAUGAUAAGACUCAUGAGAUGAUGACAGGCGUACUCGAGACACUCUGGGGUUCUGGCCGAUACAAAUGCCUUGGCCGAGCCAUUGCCCAGGUGGAGUUGAACAAGGUGUUUGUCGAGCUACUUCGACGAUUCGAUUUCUCAGUCGUAACUCCCCAAGAUCCGGUCAAGAUCGUGAACUCCGGUUUCUUCCUAAUGUCUGAGAUAAAGAUGCGAGUCACCAAGACAGAAUCGGUCGAAGAGUAAUCCGGUC